AUGGCCGACCAAAUGUCGCCCACUGCAAAGAAAUCGAAGAAGAAAUCCAGAGGCAUACGAAAAUUCAUUCCAGAUCUGAAGUCUCCCAACGAGUCGGCUCACCAGUCGAAUUCCACUCGGGUUUCUGUCUCCUCCGCAUCAAGCGCUCACCAUGGAACCGAUGCAGGAAAUGCAGAGCAGAGGGCUUCAAUAUGUACUGUCCUGGACUCCUACCUCGCAGACCUAGCCGAUUCAGCUCAUCCUCCAGGUCAUACCGCGGCCCCUUCCCAGUCGGCAAGACCUUCGUCAAGUUCUCCAGAUCUGCAGGAGUCCGCUGACCAGUCUCGCCGAACACUCAACCUCAUUCCGAGCGAGGGCGCUCAUGACCCUCCCCGACUCGACCUCACAAAGGUUCCUGCUGCUGGGGCAAGUAGGGCGGAAAGACCAGACAAAGGAGACCGACGAGGAAACGCAAGUGUGUGGAGGGAGAUUUCGAGAAAUGGUAUGCAUGCAGAGUGCUUGAUGGGCCACAAGCAAUGGUACAAACGCCGAAAACCGGACGCGGAUUGCUAUGUUGGAGAGAAGUAUAUGGACCCCAUGGAACAUGAGGAUAAUUGUCAGUGUACGGAGGAAGAUUACGAAUGCGACUACAAUUUCGUCCGAAAUGGAAAGGAUUGCGUCCCCGUUGGGCCGGAGCCGAUUCCUGCUGGCGUAUGUACUGGGAUCCCCGACCAGACGUACAAGGGCUCCUCGGGAUGGAGGAAGAUUCCUGGGAAUACCUGCGUUGAUGGCGUCAAGAAGGAUGAGAAAGUUGAUACGAAGUCACAACCUGCUCCCGGGGAAAUCACCCACCAAAUUCAUGACUUCAAACAUCAGAUCGUGCAACAUGCGUACUUCAAGAACCCCAAAGUCAAAACCAUUCUGGUUCGUCCCAUCGACCACACCAUGUGGCAAUCCAGCAACGAAGGUUACAGCUGGAUGCAAAUCCACCUGAACACCGCUUCCUUGCAUUCUACCACCACAAAUACUCGGACGAUUGCGCCUACCUCAUCACCGACGCCGACACCUUCUACACAACCAACAACGGAUGAACCCAAAGCCCCAACUCCACCAAACACCUUCGGAGCGCAAUACUCCAGGGAUAACGGGCGCAAGUGGUCCCUCAUUGAUAGCUACGUGUGGAAUCGCGCAUGGGCGAAAGACGCAGAGCUCAAUACCCAUCCGAACGAGAUCAUUUGCGAGUCCUAUCGGGACAAGAAGGGCAACCAGCGUCUAUUUCAGAAUGAAAACCCGAUGGAACUGGUGACAGGGUCAAACUAUUACGCGAAUAAAAGGAAGGUUUUCGAUCAUGUUGUUGGCUUUGCGAAGUUUUCAGUCGUUGCUGAGCGUGCACCCGGAAACCCAUUCUUUCAGGCAUACACUGUCUUAGAGUCAAGCACGAGAUCGCUUUUCCUUCACAUGACAAUGUCGGAGGCUCCGGCUCCCUUCUGGGGCGACAUUCUGAAGUCCAACUCAAACGGCACGUACUUCGGUCUUGCGCUUGAGAAUGACAAUCAGGACGAACAGGGUUACGUCGAUCUCGAGAAGAUGAUUGGCCUGGAUGGCAUCGCUCUCGCCAACGUCGUGUCCAACCCCGCAGACGCAACGCUUUCAGGCCAUAAACAGGUGCAGAGCCGAGUCACGCACAACGACGGAAGUACGUGGAGGCCCUUGACACCGCCACUGGUUGACUCACAGGGGAACAAAUACUCAUGUGAGGGUACAUGUGCCCUUCACAUUCAUGGCUACACCGAACAGAUGGAUCCACGAGCCACCUAUAGCAGUCCUUCCAUUGUUGGGGUGCUUAUGGCUGUCGGAAACGUUGGUGAAACGUUGGCUCCUUACAGCGAGAGCGACACCUUCCUCAGCCGCGACGCUGGCUUCACAUGGCAAGAAGUCCACAAGGACGCCCAUUCAUGGGAGUUUGGCGACUCCAGAUCGAUUCUUGUACUAGCUAACGAUGAAGAAUCCACUGGAUACUUUGAGAUGUGGAGCCCCAGUGAGAACCGCCCGCAGCAAUGUCUCUUCGGCCGCCAGACACUAGGCUACCACCGCCGCAUUCGUAACACGGACUGCAUUGUGGGGGAACAAGAAAAGGCAGCUAGCCGCGUUGUUUUCAACUGGGCUUGCUCGAAAGUUGAUUUCAAAUGCGAGUUCAACCACGUUAAGAACGCCAAUGACGAGUCUGAACUUGUCCCCGGUACAACUCCUCUACCCGACAGCGAUGCGGUUUGCAGAAACGGCGAAGAGUUCUGGUACGAACGGACAGCCUUCCGUUUGAUCCCCUACUCCAGCUGCACGGAUGGUGAGAGACCCGAUCGUGGUCGCAAGCAUCGCUGCCCUGGCUUCAAGUUUCAUAGCGCUCGGUUCUGGCUAUUCGUGCUUCUCCUCCCAUUUGGUUUCACGGCUCUUAAUGCUUUUUACUAUUAUCAUCGGAGUGGCCUCGCCAGAAGGUACGUUUAUCCUGCAUCUCCGUCAUUGCUUACUUACGCGAUACUUUUUGUACCAUCCACCUCCCUGGAGACGGAGGAAGACCCGCGUACGGUGGCGACAUAG